AUGUCUUCUCGCAAGGUUCGCGUCAAGAAGCUCAGCAUCAAAACUGCCCUCCCCGUCCUCAGGGAGGAUCAGAUCGAUGCUACAGAGUACGAGACCAUCACCACAGAAACUCAAAUCGCAACAGGUGUCGAGCACGCCGAGGAAAAGGAAUAUCAUUUGCAAUCCAUUCUCAAAGAUGCUGGUACAAGUAAUGACCAAGAAAUUCCGGUCCCGCCUCCCCAGGAGAGCGAGGUAAACUAUGAGCAGCUUUACCCCGUGCCUUUCCACAAGCCGUCCACAUAUAUUCGCUUUUCCCAGACUGUCGAAGAGUGCAUCAGCUGCCAGUAUGACAUGAGUACCGAGGAUAAUGACUUCCUCAAGACUUAUAAUGCCAAGCCUGGACCUGCCGGUGCGUUGUCCGAGGAUGACUUUGAACGCAUCAUGGAAGUCUUCGAAGACACGGCCGCUGAGCAAACUCCCUUUGCUUCUGUGGACAACACCGUCGUUGCUUAUGACAUGAUGGUACCCGGGCUCAACCACCUUGGGGCUCAGCACCUGCUGCAGCACGCCAAGGCCAUCUAUGAGUAUUGGAAAGACAUGCGACAACAGGCUGGCAACAAACCGCUGCAUCCCUCACUCAAAUUUGAGACGCACCAGGAGACAGAUGACACCGACCCGUAUGUCUGCUUUAGACGUCGCGAAGCCCGACAGACCAGGAAGACGAGAGCCCGCGACAAUAAGAUUGUCGAGACGCUCAAGCGCCUGCGUCGUGAGCUUGAAGACGGUCGCCAGCUUGUACUCAUAUCAUACGAGCGCGAAAUGAUGAAGCGUGAACUGCUACACAUGGAGCGCGCAGUCUUUGAGGAGCGCGCGAGGCUUAAACAUAUUAAGCUCAGGCUCGGGCUUAAAGGCGAAGAUGAUGACCUGGUCAACCAAAAGCCACAAAAACGCAAGCCUGUUGAUGCAACAGCUGCGGCACGGGCUGCCGGUGCCCAUGUCCGGACCCCAGUCCGACCCGAUGGUCGCCAAACGGAAGCCGACCUUGUCCAGCUUGCUGACCAGCUCGCUGAGAAGGAGAAGGAGCUUCGUAACGAGAUCGAGACCAAGGUUCAGAACCAUCGCAGAUGGAACCAUAACCACAUUGAUCUUACCGUAGACCCGUUGUCGCCAGUACACGAACAGGGCCUGGAGCUCAAGUUCCGCCCGGCAAAGACGCAGUACCUCAUGACGCCGCCCGCGUCCGAAGCGUCAGACUCGAUGGAUGUGGACGACGAAGGCCUCACGCCUAUGCAACUGGAUAAGCCACAAGCCGGCCCCGCCUUCCAGUUCAAAGCAGGCGGAAUCAUGACUGAGCCGCUGCACAGCAAUCAACCGGCAUUCCGUCGGCGAAUAGGCCGUUUGAGCCGCCUCUGGAUAGACCGAAGAGGCAUGGCAACCCCGCCCAGGCCUGAUUCGCACGGAUAUUCGGACCGUUGGAAGUACGAUUCCGACGAUGAGGAGGACAUUGAGCCACCGGUGUAUGAGCUGGACCCGUAUGACACAAGGGCGUUGAAAUUCCGAGCCACCAUACCGCUCAGCUCAUACCUGUUCCGAGGUAGGCCGGCCGUGCCACCCGAUGCCUCGAACAACGCGGCGACGCGGGGGCUACCGGCGCCGCCGCCAGCACAGCCACAAACACAAGUAGCCUCCUAG